UAUUUUUACGUUCACGGUUUACUGUACAAAAAUUUAGUGUUUGGCGGAACUAUGUGUCUACAAGGUGCGGUUUCAGGGGGAGAAGUUUUCGUGCCGGACCGAUCCUCACGCUGUUAUUGCUAACUGCUUCCAUCAUGCCCGUCGACACCAAACGAGUACGCGGUCCAGACGUCUCCCAAAGCCCGUCUUUAUUUGCCAGGAAACCGGGUACACUCGUCUCCUCGCUUGGCCCCCGAGCAGACGGCCGACGGCGGGACCAAGUGGACGUCCGGCCCGUGUUCGUCAGGUGCGGGCUAGUGAGUCAAGCUAAGGGCUCAGCGUACAUGGAGGCGGGAGACACUAAGUUGAUGUGCUGCGUUUACGGACCCAGAGAAACAGAACGGAAAGAUGAAACCGAUAUGAAAUGUGGAAGGUUGACGACUGACAUGCGUUUUGCUCCAUUCUCAUGCCCGGAAAGAGGCUCCUGGAUUCAAGGUAGCCAGGACAAAGAUUUCUCCCUGAUGCUGCACGAGAGCCUGCAUCCCGCCAUGUGCCUCCAUAAAUACCCUCGCUCCCAAAUCGAAGUCAACGUCAUGGUCCUCGAAAACAGCGGCUCGGUCCUGGCGCACGCCGUCACCUGCGCUUCCCUCGCUCUGGCAGACGCCGGCAUCGAAAUGUACGAUCUGGUUCUCGGCUGCGCCAUCCGCCAGGACGGCGGCUCCUACGUCGUGGACCCGACUUACGCGGAGGAAAACGGCUGCGGUUCGGUCGCCGGCGAUAAUCAGGGAAAGCUAACGGUGGCGUUCCUCCCCAGUUUGAACCAGAUUUCCGGGCUCCAGUCGGACGGAGAAAUGACUGAGGAGACUCUGUCAGCUGGGGUGCGGACCUGCAUCGAGGGGUGCUAUAAGAUUUAUCCUGUCAUCCGACAAGCUUUGGCCAAGGCCGUGCGGAAGGUCGCGCCCCCACCAUCAGAGAGCUGAUUUUUUUUUUUUUUUUUACACUUUAACUAUUAAUUGUACUUGCAUACAAUCUACUGUUAUGUAUUCCUUAAAUAUAGCAUACAAAUUCACCUGGA